AACAGACAUGACUAUAUCCAGCCAGCCAGAUACAAGACCGUCUUCUUCUUUACCACUUUCACCUUAUGGUCAUCACCGUCUAGCAAGUUUAAACUCGUCUCAAGAACCACCAUUAUUGCCUUCUUUUCACUCAUCUUAUCAAUGUAAUUUAGCCAGUUUUCCCACAAAUUACAGUCCUGCUGGUCUAGUGACGGCAAAUACCAACAGUUCCCAAAGAACAAAUAAGAAUGCCAGAUCAACAUUAUUAUCACCGACGCCGUCUGUUUCUGGUGCCUUAAAGCAUUCAUACACACCACCAGAACCCGAUACAGCAAGUGGGUAUCGCCCAUUAAACGUGAUUGAUGCCUUGGCUUAUUUGGAUCAAGUCAAGAGCAAAUUCUCUGAUAAACCUGACAUUUACAACCAAUUCCUCGAUAUCAUGAAGGAUUUCAAAAGUCAAGCUAUUGAUACACCAGGUGUCAUUGAGCGUGUUUCUACAUUGUUUAAAGGACAUCCUGCAUUAAUUUCGGGCUUUAAUACAUUCUUGCCUUCUGGUUAUCGCAUUGAAUGUUCGGUUGAUCCACGUGACCCAAACCGCAUUAUUGUCACUACACCCAAUGGAAGUGUCACAUCCACCACGACAACACAGCAUGAACUUGCACAGGGCUAUUAUAUUCCACCUGCAACUACUUUACCACCACCCAAUGAGUCUCCUUUACAUACGCAUCAUUCUCCUUUCACACUAGAAAAGCGACCACCUGUCGAAUUCAACUAUGCUAUUAAUUAUGUGAACCGAAUUAAGAAUCGAUUUGCGAAUAAUCCAGAAAUUUACAAACAAUUUUUGGAAAUUCUACAGACAUACCAAAAAGAACAAAAACCAAUAGGAGAGGUCUAUGCUCAUAUUCAAUAUCUAUUUCAAGAUGCUGAUGAUUUACUGGAAGAAUUCAAACAAUUUCUACCUGAAAUUACACAUGAACCUGACCAUCAUCAUGGACUAAAACGCACUCAUUCCAUAUCAUCCACACCAUCAACUAAAAAGAAAAAGACACACAUGGCAAAGAAGCCAAGAAUGUAUGAUGAGGAACAAGAAGAAACAUUUACUUUAUCUUGUUCAUUUGAUCCACAAAACCCAAGCGUGUCUAUGGACGAAGUCACUUUGUUUGACAAAACCAAGAAAUACAUUGGCAGCCGAGCCUCUUAUGAAGAAUUCCUUAAGCUACUCAACUUGUAUACACAGCAAAUUAUUGAUAUGGACAUGCUGGUAGCUCAAGUAAAAAAAUUUAUCGGUUCAAAUAAAGAGCUUUUUGAUGCAUUUACAUUGGUGAUCGGCUAUGAUCCAAAGGACCAUCCGAUUGAAAGGCCGAUGGUGUCUGUGCCCAAGCCUGAUUUAAACCACUGUAAGGCAAUUCAAUCAAGUCCAAGUUAUCGUGAAGUGCCUAAAGACUGGCAAUAUCAGCCUUGUUCAGGCAGAGAUCAACUCUGUUGGGAAGUAUUGAAUGAUAAAUAUGUAUCCUAUCCUAUUUGGGCAAGUGAAGACAGUGCUUUUAUUGCAUCUAAAAGAAAUACUUACGAAGAAGCACUUCAUCGCUGCGAAGAAGAAAGAUAUGACUAUGAUCUGAAUAUCGAAGCCAAUUUGAAUACAAUUGCGCUAUUAAAGCCCAUUACUUUACAGAUUGAAUCGAUGUCAGCAGAAGAAAAGAACAAUAUGCGACUAAGACCUGGCUUAGGUGGACAAACCGUCUCUAUUUACGAAAGGAUCAUCAAAAAAGUCUAUGAUGAUGAAAGAGGCACUGAAAUUAUUCAAAUGCUUUACAACAGACCAGCAAGUGUUAUACCUGUCUUGUUAAAACGACUUGAAUUUAAAGACAAAGAAUGGAGAAAUGCUCAAAAAGAAUGGAACAAGGUCUGGAGAGAUCAAGACGAUAAAAACUUUUAUAAGUCAUUGGAUUAUCAAGGCAACAGCUUCAAAGCAAAUGAUAAGAAGGCACUUGCCAACAAGGCCUUGAUUGCUGAAAUUGAAGGCGCUCAGGAUCGCCGACUCGCCUUUUCUUACGAAGAGCUGAACGUUUUCAAAGACAUGGCUCGUUUGAUCUCUUUGUUUCUUGAUCGACAGAACGGAUUUACAAAAAGUGAUAAGCAGAAAGUGCGGCAUUUUGUACGUUCUUUUGUUUCCUUAUUUUUUCAUGUUGUGUUGGGAGAAGAUAGGUCGUCGAGCAUGGAAGAAUCAGAUACGGAAGAUACACUGGAUGAUCAAGACACUCGGUCAGACAAGAGCCAAGAAUCACAGAUGAACUUGUUUGCUACGGCAGCCGCUUUCACAGCACCUAUCUUUGAUGACAAGAACCAUACCAAUGCGUUUCUCUGUAAUUCAAACUAUUAUUGCUUGUUCCGAUUAUUUCAAGUCUUUUAUGAGCGACUGUCGAAAUUUAAGUUACUCAGUGAUAGAAUCAUGGCAAAUCCAGACUUAGGCAAAAAGCUCAACAAGACAGCCAUUGAACUUGAUCUUGUCUCUAACCGGUUUGAUGAUAUUGAUCUAUCCAAAGGACACUACCAUGCUUCCCUAGACAUUAUAGAUCGGUUCCUUGAAGGAGAAUAUGAUCAAAACACAUUUGAAGAGAACCUUCGCUAUGUGUGUGGUAUUGACGCUUAUGUCAUGUUUACUGUGGACAAGCUAUUGCAAUCCUUAAUUAAACAGAUUCAAAUAGUAUCUAUGGAUAAAAAAUCAACCGACUUGCUCAAGCAAUAUAUCGAGAAACAAAGGUCCAAUACAGCAUUUUCGGCUUAUCGUAAUUUGAUUGAAGAUGUAUUGAGAUCUGAUGAAAAUUUGUACCAGAUUCAUUUUGAUAAAGAAAUUGCGCGUAUUCAAUUGUUGGAUAGAGCUAAAACAAGCCAGCCAGGCAAUGAAAGCUAUGAUGAAUACAUGUCUAGUUAUAUUAAUUGGAUGCAGACAACGAAAGGAAUUCACGUGUCCCUCUUGAGACCCUCAUUCUUGAACAGAAACUUGUGCCCAGAAAAUAGACAUUUCGAACGUAUUUGUGUCAAGUCCCAUUUGAGAUAUAAGAUUGAACAACAAUCUUACCACAUGUACUACAUUGUUGGUUCAGAAGACGUUUUAUACCGAGCAUCUCCCGUAAAUUAUACACAUCAUGAUACUAGUUGGAGACAAUGGCUUUCAAACAAAGGCAACGAUGUAUUAUCAUUUCAAACAAAAAAAUUAUUAAAUUGAACACUAUUUUUUUUUAUUAUAACAAUUUUA